ACGCAUAUUGGUCAACGGAAUUGACUAUUACUACCUUGGUGGUCGUCGGAAGAUGAUUCCGAUGAACACCGGAGAAAUGAACGAAAGAAAAAAGCCAUACCUGAUACUGUUAUCACGUCUCUUCUGACUUCCCUGGCGAUUAGGUAUGCGAUUCUUCCUCACAAAGUUUAAAGUUUUCUCCCCUUGAUAACACAACAAUGGCUCCAUGAGGAAGAGUUGCCAUAAAUCAGUUAGCCAUAUCAAUGAAAUACUCAGGCCAACAACCUUCACAUCCAAGAUUCAGUCUUAUUUUGACUUGGGAAGGUUGCACGAUGCUGUCAAUCUCACCCUUUCUCACCCAGUUCAGUUCCAUCAUCCUCCUUAUGUAAAACUUUUACAACUUUGUAUUGAUAAAAAGGCCUAUAAUCAAGGCCAUUUAGUGCAUGAACAUCUUUAUGCUAAUGGGUUUCAUUCGAAUUUGCAUAUAAAUACCAAGUUGGUAAUACUUUACUCUAAAGCUGGUGACAUGAAAAGUGCCCGUGACGUGUUUGAUGAAAUGCGUGAGAGGAGUGUGGUUUCUUGGACUGCAUUGUUAUCUGGGUAUGCUCAGAAUGGUUCUGGUAAGGAAGCUCUGAUGGUGUUCCGUGGCAUGCGCCAAGCUGGUGUCAAGGCUAAUCAGUUCACCUAUGCGAGCGCUUUGAGUGCAUGUAAGAGCUUGAUGUCUCUUGGUUAUGGGGUGCAAAUCCAAGGGUGUGUUCACAAGGGUAGAUUUCUUGAUGAUUUGUUUGUGCAAUGUGCCUUGGUUGAAUUGCAUUCCAAAUGUGGCAAGAUGGAGGAUGCCUAUUGCAUCUUUAAUUUGAUGUCCGGUAAAGAUCGGGUUUCUUGGAAUUCAAUGAUUGGUGGAUUCGCUGUUCGGGGGUUUAGCAAUGAUGGCAUCCUAAUGUUUCGGCUGAUGCUUCGUGAAGGUAUGACUCCUGAUAACUUCACCUUGGCUUCUGUUCUGAUGGCUUGUUCUUGCGGUAAAGAUCUCUCAAACGUCAGACAAUUACAUGGAUUUGUGUUGAAAUUGGGUUUUGAAUCAUAUUAUAGUUUAAAUGGUUCACUGAUUAAUGCAUAUACAAAGAGCGGAAGCAUAAUAAGUGCCGAUAAAAUAAACAAGAACAUGAUGGUAAAAGAUACAAUAUGUUGCACUGCAUUGAUCAUGGGAUACGCCCAUGAAGGUAGUAAUAGCACAAAUGCCGUGAAUCUUUUCAUUGAAUUACAACAAGAAGUCAUGCAUAUCGACAGUGUAAUAUUAUGCUCAAUGAUCAACAUUUGUGCCAACACAACAUUACUUGGAUUCGGAAGACAAAUUCAUGCUCUUUCUUUAAAAUGUUUGGCCUGCCAUGAUGUACCCAUGAGCAAUGCUCUCAUUGACAUGUACUCAAAAUCUGGUGAAAUCGUUAAUGCACGCCAGGUGUUUGAUGAAAUGAAGGAGAAAAAUGUUAUCUCGUGGACUUCAUUAAUUGCUGGAUAUGGGAAACAUGGUUAUGGGCAUAAUGCAAUUUCACUAUAUAAAGAUAUGUUGGAUGAAGGGUUGGAACCAAAUGGUAUAACUUUCUUAUCGCUCUUAUUUUCGUGUAGCCACUGUGGUUUGACGGCAGAAGGACGGGACUUAUUUUAUAAUAUGGUUAGCAAAUAUAAUAUAUUGCCGAAAUCCAAGCAUUAUUCGUGUAUGGUUGAUCUAUUAGCACGUGGAGGUGAGAUAGAAGAGGCCUAUCAUUUGAUACACGACAUGCAUAUGAAGCCGAAUGCCUCAGUUUGGGGUGCGAUUCUUGGGGCAUGUAGCGUAUAUGGUAAUGUUGCAGUAGGAAAAGUAGCAGCCCGACAUCUCUUCGAUAUGGACCCUGGAAACUCGGUCAAUUACGUUGUUUUGGCUAGUAUUUAUGCAGCAGCUGGCUUAUGGGAUUCCGCUUCGGACACACGGAAGUUGAUGAAAGUUAAGAAGUUACAGAAGCAUUCGGGAUACAGUUUCUUUUCUCAAUCAACAAGCAAGAGGCUCUCACUUCCACAACCAGACUAAGGGCCUAUUUGUUAACAACUUAAUGAGCUUAAUGGGACUCAAAGCUUAUUUGGUCAGCUGUACAUGACUGUUUGGUGGUGGCUUAAUGAUAAUGUGGCUUAUCA